GGGGGCGCUGCUCCCCUUCCCGCGCUCUGCAGCCUGACCCCGGGCUGGCCCGCAGCGGGCCCUGAGGUGGCUCCGGGUCCCAGGCCGGCUCCGGUGGCAGCGGCGAAGCGCAGCAUGCAGUAUCUCGGCGCCGAGUGUCCGGUUUCUGCAGAGACAGGCCCCAGGCAAAGAGAAUGGCGACCUCAGAUUUAUAGGAAAUGUACAGAUACGACAUGGUUAUUCUUGUUCUUUCUCUUUUGGACUGGUUUGAUGUUCCUCAUGGGCUACUCAGUGGUGGCUGGAGCCGCAGGAAGACUCCUGUUUGGCUAUGACAGCUUCGGCAACGUGUGUGGCAAGAAGAAUUCCCCAAUAGAAGGAGCUCCUCUUUCAGGACAGGACAUGACCCUUAAAAAACAUGUGUUCUUUAUGAAUUCCUGCAACCUGGACAUCAAAGACAUGAAACUUGGUUCCAUAGUGCUCUGUGUGUCUAGCUGUCCAGAGGAGCAGCUCAAUACUCUGGAAGAGAUCCAACUCUUUGCAAAUAUCAAUGGGUCCUUCCUGUGUGUUUAUAGUUUGAGUUCCUUCAACUAUACCCAGAGUCUGAAUGCAGGCUCCUUGUGUCCCAAGCUGCCAGUUCCUCCAAGCAAGUCUUUUCCCUUGUUUAACCGAUGUAUCCCUCAAACACCUGAGUGCUAUUCCUUGUUUGCAUCUGUUUUGAUAAAUGAUGUUGAUGCCCUCCAUCGAAUUCUCAGUGGAAUAAUGUCAGGAAGAGACACCAUCCUUGGCCUGUGUGUCUUCGCAUUAGCCUUGUCUUUGGUCCUGAUGUUCACCUUCCGAUUCCUCACCACCCUUCUGGUUCACAUUUGCAUUGCACUAGUUAUUUUGGGACUGUUAUUUGUCUGUGGUGUCCUAUGGUGGCUCUAUUAUGACUACACCAAUGACCUCAGCAUUGAGUUGGACACGGAAAGGGAAAACAUGGAGUGCUUGCUGGGCUUCGCUACUAUCUCCACAGUCAUCACGGUGGUUCUACUCAUCUUGAUUUUUAUCCUCAGAAAGAGAAUAGAACUGACCAUUGAGCUUUUCCAAGUCAUGAAUAAAGCCCUCCGCAGCAUUCCUUUCCUGCUGUUCCAGCCAUUGUGGACAGUUGCCCUGCUCCUCUUCUUCUGGGUCCUCUGGGUGGCCGUGUUGCUAAGUCUGGGAACUGCAGGAACCGCUCACGUUGGUGAAGAUGGCCAAGUGGAGUAUAAGCCUCUUUCAGGCAUUCGGUAUAUGUGGUGGUACCAUUUAGUGGGCCUCAUCUGGACUAGUGAGUUCAUCCUUGCAUGCCAGCAAAUGACUGUAGCUGGGGCAGUGGUCACUUGUUACUUCAACAGAAAUAAAAGUGACCCUCCUGAUCGCCCAGUCCUUUCAUCUCUCUCCACUCUUUUCUGCUACCAUCAAGGAACAGUUGUGAAAGGGUCAUUUUUAAUCACUGUGGUGAGGAUUCCAAGAACCAUUCUCCUGUACAUUUAUAACUCUCUAAAAGAAAAGCAGCACAGUGCUUGGUCAAGGUGUGUAUUCAGAUGCUGCUUCUGCUGUUCCUGUUGUCUUGACAAAUGUCUGCGCCACCUGAACCAGAAUGCAUACAUCACAACUGCCAUUAAUGGCACAGAUUUUUGUACAUCAGCAGAAGAUGCAUUUAAGCUUUUAUCCAAGAACUCAAGUCAUUUGACAUCUGUUAACUGCUUUGGAGACUUCAUAAUUUUUCUAGGAAAGGUGUUAGUUGUGUGCUUCACUGUGUUUGGAGGACUGAUGGCCUUUAACUAUAACCGUGUACUCCAGGUUUGGGUCAUACCAUUACUAUUGGUUGCCUUUUUUGCCUACUUAGUAGCCCACUGUUUUUUAUCUGUGUUUGAAACUGUGCUGGAUGCACUUUUCCUGUGUUUUGCUGUUGAUCUGGAAACAAAUGAUGGAUCCUCAGAAAAGCCCUACUUUAUGGACCAAGAGUUUUUGAGUUUUUUAAAGAGGAUCAGCAAAUUAAAGAAUGUAAGGGCACAGAGAAGCAAGACUGUGUUACAGGAAGAGGGAACAGAGCUCCAGCCCAUUGUGAGAUAGACACCCAUUAGCUAUUUGUACCUAAAAAUGCUUCCUUCUAUGAGUCAUUCCCAAAAUAAACAAUAAGCCUGAAAGAACA